CAGUCUGCGCUGAGCGUGUGGCUGGCGGUUUUUCCUCUCGCCGUUAUCUCGCGUCUUUGUUUUUUUUUUUUUCGUUGUUAUUUAUUUAUUUUCCUCUCGCUCCAUUCCGAGGUGGUCUCUCUAGGAGCGCCCGUGAACGUGCGUGCGCGUGCGUGUUUUAGAGAACGAGUUCGGCGCAACGAUGAGGUGAAUACCUAAAGCUCCUCGACGGCGAGAUGAGUUCCAACGCCAUCCGGGGCAUUCGGCGCAAGAAAUCGACGCUCUCCGAAGUGAAGAUCGCCGUGCUCGGAGCGUCGGGCGUAGGAAAGAGCGCACUGGUUGUAAGGUUCCUGACGAAGAGGUACAUAGGAGAGUAUGACCACCAAACAGAAAACCGGUACAAAAGUGAGAUGAUGGUGGACGGCGAGCCCGUUCUAUUCGAAAUUCUGGACACCUGUCCAAGGAGUGAGGACGAGCUUCCUCGAGACGAGAUCCUGCAGUGGGCGGACGGCUUCAUGCUCGUGUACUCCAUCGUGGACCGGGCCAGUUUCCGCUACCUGGGGCUCCUGCGCCGGCACCUGAACAACACUCUGCCCAACCUGCAUAGGGCGGCCACGCUCUCCAACUCGGCCGGAGGCCCCGCAGGGGCAGGUGGCGCCCCCCAGCAGCAGGCGCAGCAGACGCCCGUGCCGGCACCCGUUUGCAUCGUGGCCAACAAGGCCGACCUCAUCCACCUCAGACAGGUGAGCACUGAGGAAGGUGAGAUCCUGGCCAAGGAUGCGGACGAUGGUUUCGUCGAGCUCACGGCCUCUGAGCAGGUGCACCAGGUGGCGCAGGCGUUCGCCGACCUCUGCCGCGACGUCUACGCCCACAGGCGGCGCUCCAAACAGUCGCUGCUCGACCGGGUUUUCUUUGCCGGCACCAAGAGCAUCGCGGCCAAGGCCAAUGACCCCGCGGGAGGGCGCAAGUGAAUGUUCUGAUAACGAUGGCGUCACACAGCCUCCUCUAUCUUCAUACUACUUUUUGUUGUUGCUUCACUUUGUAAGUCGGGGUGCGCUAAUGUUGAAGUUUUCGAACACGAAUUGAAAAACUUUGUUUUGAAUGUGAGUAUUCUAUUCGAGAAUGAUGAAAUUCGCAAAGUGGCACAGGCUCUCAAAAUUAAGAAUUUCUAUAUUUUGAUUUAAGAAUUGAAGUUUGAAGUGUUAAUUUUGCGAACACGAUUAAAAAAUUAAUUUCUGAAAUGAGCCAAUUCGCCUCAUGCGCAGAAAUCAGUGCGCAGAAUUUUGAUUCGAGACUUUAAAUUUGAACUCGUCAUAUUGCGAAUUCAAGUUCUAGAAUUGGACUUGAAAUGAACAUGAUGAGCGAAUAUGCUGGUCUACUACGAUUGUUGGAGCCGGCUUGCCAUGCAAAAGGACCCACGUGGUCCAUUCAUCAUAUGCAAAUAGUGCAUGCCAUCUACCCGCAGCUUCAGUGCCUGUUGUAAGGCAACUGGGAACUUCGAUGACCUUUCAGCUUUUGUUCAGUUAGAGCAGCUCAAUUGAACGGACUUCCAAAUAGUGUUACUUACAAUAAAGGCAAUAAGAAAGUUGUGUUUCACCAUUGUUCUCGAAGAUUGUUUACCUAUUUUUUCUAGUUAGAAAAACUAUAUUUGACAAUUGAUUGGAUACUUGGAAGCCUCGUUUUUGUUUAAAUAUUAAUAUUCAAUCCGAUUCGAAAAUUUCACUGCUCAACAUCCCUACUAGAAAGGAUUACGAUGGGACUUUAUUGAACGUUGUGAGUGGAAUACAGUGCUGUGUGCAUAGGCACGAAACUCACGGGGAAGGGGACAAGCAGAACUUCAUUGCUUCUCUGUUUUUGUGUCCUUCAUUCUUUCUGCUUUCUCUUCACUGAUGUCUGUCAUCUGAAACUCGGAUGCUAUGCACACGAUAAGCGCGCAAGAAAAAGUGAAGCGGCAACCAAUCCGAAACGAGAAGUAUUGAAUAUUUCCUCACUUCUAAGGGCUUUGAUGCCGCAUUGACUCACUUUAACAUUUGUUUUGUAUUGGUGAAUUCCCAGAUCCCUUCAGCUUUGGUGUUCUUACUUGUGAAAUGUAUUGGGGAGAACUUUGAGCACACUCUGUGGAAAUAUAGACGUAGCAAUGACACUUUGCAAAAUGGUAAUGUGGCUUUGCUGAUGUAGUUCUGGGACAAGAUUGUAAAAAAGAGAUGCGCGAUACAAUGUUAAAAAGAUGACGAUAGAACAAAUCGUGCCACACCUAAUGUAUAAGAGGAGGUGAGAAAAAAUUUUGAGGCCCAUUAAGUUCCCAAUGUAAGCUGACCUUAAUGUUCAAGUUAAGCUAUCCAGAUGAAAAAACUCUGCGAGGAAUGCAUGUACCAAAAUGAAACGCGUAUCUCAGUCUCAAACCCGACGUCAUGUAAGCCGACAAACUUUUCAAAAUAACUUCAUUUUGGCUGAAUUUAGCAAAGAAACAUACAAAAUCACAAGAAAGAAACUGAAGGCAGUUCCUAACCUUCAAGCAUAGGUAUUAUAACAGAGUAGCUCAACAAAAACAUUUACUGGAACACACUUUUGUCAUAACUACAAGAUGUUCGGAUUUAGAGAAGGUGUCACACUAAAACAAAAUUCAGUUUGCCGUGACGGAGAGGUCGAUGUAAUGUAGGCAAUACAAGGACAUUUAUUGCUGAGGCAGAAAUUUAUGCCACGACGGCAACACCGCCUUCUGAGGCACCACAGAAAAUUCUGUCCUUGCGACUAAACAUAUCAUGUCUUCAAACAGUGCAGGAAAGAGGGCAUGAAGAAUCGGUGAAACUUCCGAGCUUUAAGGUAUUAGAAUCUUGCACACUAGCUAAGUAAACACGAAUUUAAUGACGAGCCUGUGCUGGUAAUCUCGAGUAUUGAGGGAAAGAAAAUAAUUCAAUAGGUAGCUGGAUGAUAUCUUCUACUUCCUUCAUUUUUCUGAUAAGUGAUCACCACCAUGAUAUACUUAUCGGUGUAAAAUCAACUAUUAAAAUAAACCUGCUGGUGGUGCUCUUGGUGACAGAAGUUUGAGCAACAAAAGGUUUCCAGCAAAAGUGCUGUAAAAGAGGGCAAUUUCAUUUCGUGUAACGCAUGCACGAAGUACAGAAUGAACGAGACCGCGAGAAGAGCAAAAUAUAAGCUAGUGCAGAGCUGUGCACUGUUUUGUGCAUGGAUAAUAGCGUUGUGCCUAUCACCCCCAAAAAAGAAACCAUGGCGCAUUUUUUUCUAUAUAGGGAUGCCUCUCUUACCAUGCAGUGCGAAAACGCAUAGUGGGUUCAUAAGAUAGUACCACUUGCGUCUUAAGACUCUACUUCUUUCUUUACGGAGUGUGAUUCAUAUGCAAGUUCUUACACAAGUACCCAACACCAGGAAAAGGGGGUUUCACUUGGCAUCAUCAAGACUCAGUGUCUGCACGUUUUACUGACGCUUCUGUCGAAGCAGUUUGUGAGGUCAAAAACGGAGAUCGUACAUUUCCUUGGCAUUUCAGUCUGAAGUAGGAUGUUGGACCUGAUAAAUUUUGUGUUAAUAAUCUUAGAUAAUCAGACAACGUGCCAAUGAUUUGCACUUGUGAAAAGUAGCAUGCAACAGCUGCGAAACUUGUAUUUGUUAGUGUUAACGCUUCACACAUUGUUGUAACAGCCUCUCUUGAAGCAAUGCAGCUACUUCAUACCAUCACCUUAUGGCUUCAAGUUUGGACAAAUUAUUUUUGGUGUCUUGUAAUGCCUAGCCGUAUUUUAAUUCAUCUUUCUGGGUGAUGUGGCCAUGCCAUCGCAAUGACCAUACAGUUGGCACAUUCUGGCACAAGUAGGAAUUUACUGUGAUGGAAUAGCCUGUAAGGGUAUCUAUUUCUAGUUCUGAGAUGUCGGAAAUACGAGGUGUCGAAAACUAGCUUUAUUCUUUCAUAUUCAAUAGCUUUGAGCGUGCAAUACUGUCGCUGUUAUUGUAACGACAAUUCUUGUAGAAAAUGGGCCAGUGCCAGCAUUCUAUACAUCUGGCUGAUGUUGGGACACUGGUGCUUGUGCAAAGUGAUAUACAAGGAGCGCAAAUCGUUGUGGGAACUGUGCAGUUCAGCAAUGCACUGUCAGCUAUGCAAUCCUCACUGUCCUCAUGUCUGUUGCAAUCUAAUAUGACGUCCCUGACAACGUGCAAGAGAAACCAUGCGACAGGCAUGGAGACCAAUGUAUGUUUGCCAUGAUAGCAACGACUUUGUCUGAAAAUACAAACUUCAAUUCUCCAUAAUAAAUUGGCCACAGAUUUCAGGCGUUGACCUAACAGCAUUAAGAAUAUAUCUGCAAUGUUAUCGGUGCUUGGUUCGGAAAAUAGCAGUAGGUUCUAUAGCACCAGUGAUGUGUAUUUUCAAAAUUGAAUUAUACCUCGUUCACUGCUUUCACUAUAAGUGUUGUAAAUUUGAAGUUUUUAUCCAAGUCUGUCUAAAACAGGUGGAUGCCAUUGAUUUAACAGUCUACGGCUGCCUAGACUUUAUGAGUUUCAAUCGUCGAGUGUAUUUUAAGUGCAUUUUAAUUGAAGACAAGAAGCUGCUAAUUCAGCAGUAACGCAGUGGGCAAUAAGCGUUUGACAUCUUUGCGAGUGUCAUUCUAAUACUCCAGUCCCUCCCUUUAUAUGCACUGCAGCUAUGAUUUUGCGCGUAGCUUUUGAUUUGCAGAGCUGGUAUACAAGAUAAAGAUGAAGCUAGGCAGACACAGGUAAAUGUCUCAAAACUGCUGACCUGCAUCAGAAGAUGACUGUCGUCAGCACAUGCAGCGUGCGAAUUCGCACAUGCGAAUUUUGUUAGGACGAAAGGUUUCUACAUAAGCAAGCCAUUAAAAUGUUUGUAAAGUAGUUAAUAACAAGAUUAUUCGAAAGCGCACUAUGAGAUGCAUAUAGGGGGGACCGAAAAAUCUUUCUUGGCAUUUAAAAAGCAUACGGGGAGUCCAAAACUGCUGGGGCACCUAUUUUGAUGAUGUUUUGCUUGAAGAACGCGAGCUCGGUCUAGAAGAUAUUGAAUGCGGUGGUUAGUUAUAGUUGUACGAACCGCUGCACAAUAUUAGUCCUUUUCAUCACUCGUUCUCAAGCGGUUGUAUGCGACCUGACAUAUAUUGAUAAUGGUACUCGCAAGCCAUUUGCUCAUGUGUAGUGAAUGAUUCCCAAGAAGUCAUUGUUCAUGCAAAAAUGUUCAUCGUAACGUCGUCUUAUGCCUAUAGGAGGCACCACUCACGGUAGAUUUGUAGGGGGUCGCACGCUUUAGCGCACAGCCAUGACUCGUGCUCAACACUUACCAUCCACACACUCUGCAUCACGAAACAAUCUUGAGAUUGUACCUGAAGAAUAAUGCAGCAAAACAUGUGAUGCGAGACGCGUGUCAUCUAGUCUAGGCGCCCACUCCUUUGUAAUGGACAGUGGGCCUUGAUAGUUGUUGUGACUUGGUGUUAAUCGCUCACAAACACGCAUGCAAUUUACCAUAGAACGUGAGGGUUUUACCCGUGCUCACACUCUUCCACCGCACGUGACUCAACUCGUCUUCAACGCACUCAAUAACCAUGGUGGUUUUGAACACUGCAAGUUCCGUCUGACGUGUCUCAUUUUAGCUGCUUAUGUCACGUGUGGAGGGACGAUAAAUUUGUUGCUAGUCACUCUUCUAUUGUACACUAAGAAAGCCAUGCACGCUGUUAUAUGCAUUCUUCAUGCCGGUUCUGCCAAUCCUGUCCUGCUCAUUACUUGAUGUGGUGGUGCGUUGAUUCCCCUUGGUUCUUUGUGGGCUAGGUACUUAUAGAAACGGUACUCUCCCUUACGAUUCCUGUGAAAUUCCGAGAGGUGGCCUGCUUGUUUCUUGGGAGUGAACAGGUUUUCUGACCUGCAAGAUAAACAUUGCUGGUAACUGGACAACUGGCCCUGGAUAUUCGAAGUGGCGUGAUAAAUGACUCAAAACUUAGUUUCAUUUUCUAAAUGGGUCAACCAAGCCCCACUAGCCAGUAAAAAACUUAGUGCCACAUGAACUCUCUUCUCGCCAUCUUGUCUAUGGGCACAAUAUUGCCCAUGAACAUUUUUGGUCGCACAUAGAAAAUUAGCCCCCAACCUAUUCUGAUUCGUUUAACUUUUCUUUUUGUGUUGUGCAAUCUCUAGAGAUUUUAUGGUGGUCAUUGUUAGGCCUGAUAUGUUUAACACUUGAAAUUUGCAACUUCUAAGGCAUUUGAUUGCGAUGACAGCGUUGCCUUGAUGUAUACUUUCAUCAAUGCGCCUGCUUCUGAUGUGGAGUUCUGUGCACUUCUACUGAGCGAAAAUAAGUGUUCCCAUUUGAGGCGUGUCAAAUUUUAUUUAUUCAGGCAUUGCUUUCAGCCUAACGAGAAUAGGCUGCACAUUGAGCCACGAUGUUACUGCCACGAUAGCAAAAUAAACAAUAUCUCGUAUGUCGCGCAUGAGGCAACACAUCAAGAACAUGUGAAAACAAGAGUAGUGUUUCUGAUCGUAUACUUUUUAAAUGUGUCACACUUCUUUUUGUCGUGUUUGCACGCAUAAGUUGCGCGCCUGCGCAUUGCACAUGAACACUGCAAGCGACGAGACUCUUGUUUUAAAGAUACACUCUUAAUCUAGUGCCACAUAAGUUACACUAAGUGUGACAUUUUUGGAAAUACAUAUUUCACUUGCGUGGUGAAACGCUCGCGGAACAACAUUAAGAUGUUCCACGUGAGGUAAAUUAUGUAGAAUGGUACAGCAACAGUGUCUAGAAGCCUGGUCGAAGUAAGCGCCGACUUUCAGAGACAUUCGUUUCACAUAGGUGCCACCUAGUAAGCGGUACAUCAUUGCAAAUGCAUUCCCUUUAUUUAGUGGCACUUACGCGGAGCGAGAUUAAGAGUGUAUCUAGCCUUACAAACUGUCACUGUCUUUGUGAACACACGCCACAUUUGCUAAUGUUUCAUUUUUUAACACUUUCGAAUCUGUGCAUUGGCAAAUCCAUUACAAGAGCAGCCCGCAUGCCAGUCAGAAAUAUGUAUGAGAAGGGUUGAGGAGGCCUGUAAAAAAGGUUGGAUAUCCUGAACGAAAAAAAAGCGGUGUACCAGGGACCCUGACGUCCAUUAAUAUGUAUUUUCUGGCAGGAGAGACUGAUGGCCUGGUACUUUUGCUAACCUCAGGAGGGGUGCGGGGGGGGGGGGGCAAAAUGCAAGAAUGCCAAUACAUCAUGCUGUACCCGUUAAGAAACUCUAGGCUGUGGAAUUUGGAGCUCGCAAUACGCUGUCCUUCAUGUGUUAAUUUGAUAGUUUAAAACCAAAAUUGAAAGUUCAAUUUCUUUCGAUGAACUGACAGUUUGUUAGCUUUAAAAGAAAACUUUAGCUUGUUUUUAAAGUGCCAUGGAAAAUACAUGCUUUCUGAAUUAACUAAGAAUCGAGGCCUUCCCAUUACGUUCAUGAGCAAUGCGAAGGCGCAUGUGAUUUGCACCACGGGUGUGCAUGUAUACAUAUAUACAUAUAUAAAUGUUUAAAUGUAUUUUUCCACUUCCUGUUAGAGGGAAAUGAGUGGCUUUGAUGUUUAGUUGUGUUAAACACGUUGUUCUCUAGUCAGUUUCUCAUAAUAUAUGCACUGUUUUAUUUGUACAGGACACAGUUUUGCUGUUUUGUGGUGUAUGUGGCUUCUAUUGAAAGCAUGUUUAGGUGUCCAGUGCUGUUUUGUAUAUGUGUGCUACACUUCCAAGUGUCCGUGAAUUGUACUUUUUGUACUUGUUGUGGGCAGCACACAACACGAGCGCACACCUUGUCUGUCGAUCAGUACGAGAUAGGAAAAAAUCUCCUUCGCUUAACGCUAGGCUCAGCUUCGUCAAGGAAGUAGUUUUUCGGGCUCAAUACAUGUUUUUGAAAAUAUCUUCUUGGUCAUAUCUUUUACUGAGAUUCAUUUAGUUUCUCUAAUGCAAAAAGCGAAGCAAACUUUACAGUGGAAGGUGCACAUCCACCGUCAACACUACGUGGAUUCUUGCGUGUGGCCCAGAAUGUGUGCCGUUAUUUUAUUGUUGAAUUGAGUUUAAGAUUUGAACCAUAAUCACAUGUGGAUUUGAUGAAAGAAAGUGUACUAGGUGCUUCAUAACAAGCGUGAGAAAUGAUGAGGCUGACAAAAAUUAAUGCGUCACGUGUACUACGCCACAUGCUUGAAUGUUAAGAGGAUAGCAUAAAAAUAGGCUUCAGGUUUUUGUAUGGAAACUUCAACAAAAAGUCCGUUUGACCUUAAUUCUAGAGCUUUAGCGCUUCUGGUUUAUUGAGAACACGUUCAGAAUUACGUAAUUUAGAGUUGCGCAGUGUAGAUAAUUAAACAUUGAUUGGCGAUUAGUCGAAUCAUUAGAUAGUGAUGAUAUUGUUGGAAAUAUGUGGAUAGUAUUUCAUGAUACAAAGCCUAAAGAUCGAUCGUAUCCAGAUACGCUUGCUGAGGUUGUGCGGUUGGCACGUGUGCGGUCGGCAACCCUGUGCUGCUACAAUUCUCGAAUAUUGGAUAGCAUUGUAGACUUCGAUAUGUUGUAGGUUACGCCCCUCAACCGUCCUUGUAAAUAAUUUUGGUUACACUUUGUCGGCAUCCAGUUGCACCUUGGUUGCGGAAAACUGCUGUUGUAAGUUCAAUUUAGGGCGACCUUUCGAAAAACAAAUGAUUGUUGUGCAUCGUGCGCAAGCACUUUUAGAUUAAAGGCGAAGUUUCCUUUGAAACCUAAAAUGUGCUGUUACGAUACUUUUAAGGAAGUCACUCAGCUGGAUUAUUCUCGAGAGAGUUAGUUCCGAAGAUGCGAACGAGAUACCAUUUGUUCUCUCUGCAAAUGAUGAUCUGGCCAGAUACAGUCGUGGUGGUGUAUUUUGAAAGAUGAAGUUACAGCACGCGGCAAAUGUGGUAUUUUCGGUGUAGGAAAUACGUUUUCCUGUUUGCGCUUUGCCACAUGAAGUAACAUUUUAAGUAUUCUUUCCUCUGUCCUGAAACUUAAUUCGGAGAACUGUGCUAGCUCAAGGACCGGCGGAAUGUUUUGUGUCUAACACAAACGAGCUUCUAAAUUACAUUCUUCGUACAGGCUCACGGCCAACUUGAUGCAUUUCAGCUGGAAGUGCUGUAAAGAAGAGCUGUUUUCUCCAAACAACGACGCCCCCAUGGUAGUGUCAGAGUACGACACAGCAGGCAUGACUAGUUGACCAGUUGACGUCCAUCUAUGGUAGCAAACGGAAUGACCUCUAAGGCAAUCAUAGAGUUCAAGUUUUUUCCUCAGGACAAGUAUUGCUGACAGCUGAUUUUGGAAGUAUAUAGAAAUCACGCGUACAAAAGGGAGAUGUAAAGUGCUGGUAGUAGUAAUUUAUUGAUAAUUGGAAAGGCAAACGCAAACGAAAAAUGUUUUUGCUUCCUAACGGUCUCACUUUUAAGAGCCGAGCACGGCUCUGCUGUGGCCAUGUAAUUUAUGCAACAUAACUGGGGAUAAUAGAAAGAGAGAAAAUUUGCAAUAAAAUGGCUAAAAACAAAGUGAACACGAUAAAUGAACCUAACUAAAACGAGACACUAAAAAGGAAAUAAAACAUAAAGAAGACGCAAAGAAGAAGUAAAGAAAGAAAAACGAAAGUAUCUUGCUGCUGAUUGAAGGUACUCUGCGACUUUUGUCUCAAGGAUUUCUAGGUCCCAUGUGAUGCCAAACAAGAUCCUCUCACGCAGUGUAUUUAGAGGUGGCCAUUAUGGGAUAGUUUUAGUGUUAAGAGGUGAUGCUUUGUAAGUAAAAUGCAGAAAAAAACAUUUGAAGAUCAUUUUGGCUUCAUACACUGUUUUAAAAGCAAUACGAUUAUACGACGGUGUCUCUAAAUAGGAUAAACUUUAUUUUUGGUCUUGUUACUGUGGGCGGGCACAUGUCGGGGGUAGCUGCUUAAGAUGUUUCGAUGUACCUAACUCUUCAUCUCACGCAUGUACAACUAAUUUUGCUGUCCUGCAUUGAGUAACAGGAAUCUCUUUCUGGAUGUCUUCCCACAUAUAUAGUUUCUUUCGGUUGUCUAGAGAACUAUAGAGAGGUUUCUUUCGGCCCACUGCUUAUGUGUUGUCGUCAUAAUUUAGUUCCUUUUAUUGUUUACAAGGUGGUUAUCAGUGUGUUUGUAUUUCCCCACAUGCGUUUUAAAGGGACACCAAUGAGGAAUAAUUAGUCAGUUUGUUCUUGUAAAACAUUCAUUCAAGACUCUAUGUUCACUCAUUAAGCGGUCAAGGGUACAUUAGCAGCAAAUAUAAUGGAGGCCAGUUUUUCCUUUCCCACAUCUCGCGCUGAAACAUUUGAACCAUACCGCAGUGUGCCGUCAUGGAUUUCAGUGUACUUUCUAGUACGUGGGCCUUUCUGGGACAUAAUAAGUUUUCCAAACUCUCCAAGGCUGUGUUCUUAGACGUUUUAGAAUGCAGCGUGGUUGUUCCAUGUCGAUGAACAAUGAACUAGUUUAAGAAGUUGCCCUCGAAAAUACUUGACGUCAUAGGAAGCUGGCGCGGAAACCUCUGCGUGGCUUCGCCACGUGUCUUUUGCUUUUGUCAUUUUUUGAUGAUUUACGAGGCUUUCUGUCACGGUAACAGUGACUGCUCAUCUAUUGUAGAAAUGUAAUUUAUUAAUGCUGCUGAACUUAGUUUUCUCUUUAGUGUCCCUUUAACACUUUUCUAGUCGCCAAAGUGCGUCCUUCUUUGUGCUGUACGUUGUCCCAUUUUGACAGUGUGAAUGUAUUUUUUAAAAGAAAACUAUUUAUAUCUCUGUUUCAACUUGCACAGAUCUACCUGAUGAUGCGUGACGCCUUUGUGUGCAGCGAAUGCGCGAAAUAAAAUGAAAACGUGGUAUACAUAUAAAAUAAAAAAAUAAAGAAU